UAAUAUUUCAUUCAUCAUUUAACCGUCGAGCAGUACGCACGUACCACAGCGUCGCGAUUUUCGAAUUAAAACGAUCGUAAAAUAACACGCGAAUUUUAAAAUAAUUAAUUAGUGAGUGAGAGUGGAGCUCGAGCACUGUUGUGGAACAGCAGUUAUGUGUGCAUUAGUUGUAUGCUGAUUUCAUUAUUUUGAUCGCAGUUCUUUUGAGAAUGUUACAAGCAAAUAUUUGACUGUGGAUGCCUAACCAGCGAUGGCGUACUAUCGGUGUGGGCCGACAGCCAUCGGCAGCCGCGCCUCGUGGUCGGUGACCAGCCCGGUGGAGCCCAAGAGCUUCGAGCGGCCCCUCAGCGGCAACUAUGACAGGAUCUUCAACGCCUUCGAGAGGACCAACGCGUUCGAAUGCGUCAAGAGCACGUUCGAGGGGAAGGAGGAAAGGCACACAGGCAGCGGCGACGUGAUAGUGAACAGGAAGAUGAGCAGCAGCUUCGAGCGGGCGGACUGCGCGCUGGCCGCGCAGACGCCCAGCACGGACGACGAGGACUUCCGCGAGAAGGUGCUGUACUCGCAGGCGAGGCAGCUGUUCCCGCUGCAGGAGGACCUGGCUGAUUGGAUCAAUAAGACUAUUGGUAUAACAUACGUGACGGGUGAAAAUUUCUUGGAUGUUUUGGACAACGGUGCUGAGUUAUGCCAACUAGCUGCAGUCAUACACGACCGGGCUCGGGAAGCGCUGGACCAAGGACUUAUUGUGGGGCCGGUGCCAGCGAUCCGCGGGCGGUGCUGGCAGCGCGCGGCGCGGCGCAGCUUCUUCUCGCGAGACAAUGCUGAGAACUUCAUCACAUUCUGCCGGGAACUUGGUGUUCACGAGAAUUUGCUCUUCGAGAGUGAUGAUUUGGUGCUGCACCACCAGCCGCGGCAGGUAGUGCUGUGCCUGCUGGAGGUCGCUCGUCUUGCGACGCGGUUCGCGCUGGAGCCGCCCGGGCUGGUCGCGCUCGAGACGGAGAUCGCGCGCGAGGAGCGCGACGCGGGCCGCGACUGCAACGCGGCGUGCGCGCCCUGGCAGUUCCGGGACGCGCUGCCCCUGCAUACAUCUACAUCUGAAUCAAAACCCACCUCAGCAGAACCAAAUGACAGUGAGGGUUGCGUGGCGGACAGCGUGGAGGCGGAGAGCACGCGCAGCUCCGACUCCGACACCGACGUGCCGCUGAGACCCACCAACGAGCUCGACAAGCGGGUGCAGUCAAUAACACGUUUGCUGGAGCGCGGAUGCCGCUGCGGCGAGGAGAAGUGUUCACGCCUGCUCAAAGUGAAGAAAGUCGGCGAGGGACGGUAUAACAUCGCUGGCAGGAACGUCUUCAUCAGGCUACUGAAGGGCCGUCACAUGAUGGUGCGUGUGGGGGGCGGCUGGGACACGCUGGAGCACUUCCUGUCGCGCCACGAGCCCUGUCAGGUGCGACUCGUCACCAACGCGCGCCAGGCCCUCCUCCCCCUCACACCCCCCGCACCCCCACCACCUGCACCCGCACGCACGCCCCCCCACAGGACCUCCCCCUCCCCCUCCAAGGACUCAGUCUCGCCCGCUAGCAGCAAGGCCUCACUUAGCAAGGAGUCCUCUGCAGCUGGCCUCUCGCCCGCGCACAGCAAGACCUCCAUCAGCGGCAGUACCUCCCCUGUCGAGAAGACGAAACACAAAGAUGCAAGCAUAUCCCCCGCACAUAGCAAGAGCUCGAUCAGCGGCAAAUCUUCCCCUGUAGAAGGCAAACUGGUCAGACGCAAGACGAGCAACGGCAUCCCGCCACCAGAAAGGACUUCCACACCGAUCAAACCAGUUGUUGCAAGAAACAGAUCGGCAUUAACGUUACCGCUAAAUGAGCAGAAGACCAUACCUCGCUCCAGGAAGCAAUCUGCACCGGCCAGCUUCAGCACGCCCAGCACGCCCAUCAACCGUGCCACUGAGCAGAGGAAAUCCUUCAAUGCGCCCAAAAAGUCGCGCAGCAUGAGCCUCGCUACACAGAAAGACGACAAAAAGUUGUGCGGGACGGACAGGUUGAACCAGGCGAAAGCUCGCAAUGGGAGCGUUACCGGAGUGACUGAUGUGCCAAGAAAAACGCGCAGCCAGAGCCUCGCGUCGACGCCCAUUAAUGAGCCAAAAAAGACGCUAACCAACGGCUACGCUAAAACCACGCGCAGCAUGAGUCUCGCGACCACAAACGACUUCCCAAAACCGCUGAAGAAGAGCCAAUCGGUAACAAACACGCCGCUAACGCAGGCCGCUAUAGAGGAGAGUAUUAGAAGGUCUCUGGAAGCAAGUAUCGCGGACACGACAUCUCCGAAGAAGCCGUUCCUGCACAUAAAGGCGAAGUACCGCAGCCCGCCGCCGCGCGAGGUGCCGCCCAGAUAACGCGCCAUUCCAUUAGUCUUACACGCUGACGCUACAGCAGGUCCACAGGUCUCACUUCACGCACCGAGCUCGGGCUCGCGAGCGUUCUGUUCGGUUCGCGCUCGUUCGUUUAUGUUAUUAUUUGAUCUUUGUUGAGCGAUCUCGUUUUACAGCGAGCGACCGACUCUCCGCCCGGAGGCUAGUCAUAAUUAAUUUUAUUUUAAUUAUAAUUUAAUAAUUUCCGAUUGCAAUAAUUAUGUUAAGAAUUAUUUAUAAUUUCGAUGAUAAUUUAAUGUUAAGCUAUUGUUACGCGUCGCGUUACGCUUGUGAAUGUUCAAUUAGAUUUCUUAUUAUGUCUUAUGUAUAAUUAUAGAAAUUCGAUUAUCGCUUGAUGCCAAUUUGUAUUCGUCUCGCUUUUAUACUACUUAUAUUUGAAUUGUAGUUCCGAAGCUUCUCGGAUCGAAGCGUUCUCACCGACCUCAAACGGUACAAAAUUGUUAUAAACCACACGAGUCUAUUUUCAUAUCGAACGGUACGGAUAUUUUUGCACCUAGAUAGAUAAACACUAGAUAGAUACGAACUAAUUAUAGACCCCACGAAUCGAUUUCUUCCAAUUUUGACUUAAGGACAAUUGAUGCGAAUUUUUCAAUCUUAUGAUCGAUAUUUACGAGUUGAAUAAAAUUUACAUUACAUUUUACACAGAGCUUAAAUAGAAUUAGUUUAGAGCGAAUUCCUUUGAAUCAUGUUACAUGAAUCUGACAUUCUCUUUUAC